AGCCGCGACAAGUCACCACCACUACACAUGGCCGCCUAUUUAACCCCGCUCCUCCUCUUCUCGCCCGCCGCAUCCACUUUCUCCCAGUCCCAGCAGCGGUAGCAGGCUGAGCAGAGGAUCCUCCUUCCGUCGCCAUUCGCAGAAAUUAUUCUGUUGCUGUCGGUGCUGGUGAUCCAGGAACAGCGAGGGUGUGUCUUUACAUUAUUUAUUCAUCCGUCAAGGGGCUUUGUAGAAUUGGGUCACGAGCAGAGGCUGGGAACCUUAAACCAGAACAAGCUUCAUGGAAGAUGGAGGUGCAAGAAAUGUUUCUGCAGCUGCAGCACAAACAAAGAGUGGGGAUGAUGGCACAUCCAAGCCACUGCCUCCUUGCUGCAUCAAGGCGAAGGCUGCUGCAGCAGAAUCUGAGGCUAAAUGCCACGCUACAGUUGUAUCUGGGUGGUUCACAGAACCCCGCUCACGCUUUGGUAAAACAAGCAAAGUGCAGUACUUCAACAAUCCAAUGUGGCCUGGAGAGGCCCAUUCAUUGAAAGUAGAGAAGAUUUUGUUCCAGGGAAAAUCACCUUACCAAGAAAUUUUAGUUUUCGAGUCUUCAACCUAUGGGAAUGUCCUUGUGCUUGAUGGUAUUGUUCAGCUGACUGACAAGGAUGAAUGUGCAUACCAGGAAAUGGUUACUCACCUUCCACUAUGCUCUAUUCCAUCCCCAAAAAAUGUUUUGGUUGUUGGGGGUGGUGAUGGUGGUGUACUACGAGAAAUAGCGAAGCAUGAUUCAGUGCAGACUAUAGACAUAUGUGAGAUUGAUCAGCUGGUUAUCAAUGUUUGUAAAGAUUACUUCCCACAUUUAUAUGUUGGAUAUGAAGAUCCUCGUGUCCAGCUUCAUGUUGGUGAUGCUGUGGAUUUCUUGAGGAAUGCUCCUGAAGGGAAAUAUGAUGCCAUUAUUGUUGAUUCGUCAGAUCCAAUUGGGCCAGCUCAGGAACUUGUGGAGAAGCCCUUUUUCCAAACAAUUGCUAGAGCUUUAAAGCCAGGUGGUGUUCUUUGUAAUCUAGCCGAGAGUAUGUGGCUGCACACACAUCUAAUCCAGGAUAUGCUCUCUAUCUGUCGUGAGACAUUCAAGGGUGCCAUCCACUAUGCCUGGACAAGCGUUCCAACAUAUCCUAGUGGUGUCAUUGGGUUCCUGCUAUGCGCAAAGGAAGGUCCACCAGUGAACUUCUUGACUCCUGUGAAUCCAAUUGAGAAACUGGUAGGAGAUACAAUAGCUGGAAAGGAAAUGAGAUUUUACAACUCAGAGAUUCAUAGGGCUGCUUUUAUUCUGCCAACAUUUGUGAGGAAGGAACUGGAGGCACAUAGCAUUUCUACCAAAAAGGAGAAACCAGAGAAGCCAGCCAUGAAACCAGUCCAGAUGAAUAUAAUGCCAGACAGCGCCAUCCUGAGCUCCUGAGUGCUUCCUACCCCCGGGGACAGCGGCAUAUUCUAUUAUCAUCUUCCUCGACGAACCACGCCGUAUAUAUCCAUGUUGUCAUCUGGCCAAUAGAAAAUUAUCACAGAAAUGAUAUGAUAUUGUGGCGCUGUAGCAUAAGCAAACCACGCCGUAUAUAUCCAUGUUGUCAUCUGGCCAAUAGAAAAUUAUCACAGAAAUGAUAUGAUAUUGUGGCGCUGUAGCAUAAGCAUAGUUGUAUCACAGUACUGAGUGUAGAAUGUCAUCGAGUAUAUAUAUGGUAUGUUGUGGUUGAGUGAAUAAAGUGGGAGCAAAACGGAUGUGUGAUCAAAUAAUGUAUUCCCCAAAGCUGAAAUCCCUGCUUGUGUGUUAUGUAUAGAUGUCCAUUGUAAUUA